GCGCUUCAGCUGUCAAUGGGGUUGUUUACAAAGAUCUCGCGUAAAUAUCAUCCGUGGUGGAACAAAUAUAAAGUGUACUGCAAAUAUAAAUCUACCCAGCCACGAUGCCAAAUUGGUAUUACGAUAAAAAGGACCUCAGAAACACACCGUCGGCGAGGGAUGGUGUCGAUUACGAGACGGAACGGCGAUACCGCAAAGAGGGCGCACGGUUCAUCAUGGAAGCCGGGGCAUCGAUGAGUCUAGGGCACAACACCGUCGCUACAGGCGUUGUUUACUUCCAUCGGUUUUACAUGUUUCACUCGUUCCGGACGUUCCCACGGUUUGUGACGGCCAGCUGCUGCCUGUUUCUAGCCGGCAAGGUUGAAGAAACGCCCAAGAAGUGUAAAGACAUAAUCAAAACCGCUCGUGGGCUGCUGUCGGACGAGAAAUUCCAAUCGUUCGGGGAUGACCCGAAGGAGGAAGUAAUGACACUGGAGCGCAUCCUGCUUCAAACAAUCAAAUUCGACCUGCAGGUCGAACACCCGUACUCGUUCCUGGUGAAGUACGCCAAAUGCCUGAAGGGUGACUCGGCCAAGCUACAGAAAAUGGUGCAGAUGGCAUGGAACUUUGUGAACGAUUCGCUCAGCACCACGGUAUCGAUUCAGUGGGAGCCGGAAAUUAUUGCCGUGGCACUGAUUUACCUGGCCAGCAAGCUGAGCAAAUUUACCGUAGUAGACUGGAUUGGCAAAAAGUCGGAACAUUUAAAAUGGUGGGACAUGUUUGUGCAGGAUGUGACGAUGGAAAUCCUAGAGGAGAUAUGCCAUCAGGUGUUGGAUCUUUACCAGCCUACGCAGGCGGAAAGUGCACCGCCGAAGAGUCCACCUCAACUUCCACCCAGCAAAGCAUCUCCACCGAUGAAGCGGGCAAAUAUAUCGCCGAUCACUAGCAAAAAUUCGCCCAACAUUGCAGUCAAGACUCCGUUGCCGCCUUUACCUCCAUCGGAAGUGGAAUCCAAUCCCAUCCCGAAGCAUAUCACAACGGAAAACCCACACUAUCCCUAUCCUCCUUAUCCGAUGCAUCCCGUGCCACCAUUGCUACCGCAAAGCCAUGGCCCACCGCCACCAUAUGGGACGAUGCCGCCAGCAAUGCCACCCCAACCGCCUCAAACGUGGCAACACUAUCAGCACCCGAACGCGAACAAAUACUACCCGCCUGGGCCACCUCCGGGAAGGAAUUCGUACUAUCCUCCUCAGUAGUACCGGACAGCCGCGCAUCAUUAGUUAAGCAAUUUUGAUAUGAGGCAAAUCAACCAACAAAUACUGAUGUGUAAAAUACAACUUUAAAGAACGUACAUGGCAGACACGUUCAAUUACUUC